AAAAGGAAAACCUAUUCUCACAUGAACUUACUAAGUGAGAUGAAAAUAUAUCCGCGUGCCUGGCAGAAUGAUCUUAGAAUGGAUGAAGAGACGUAUUUAAACCUUUUGUCUCUCGUAUCACUUUUGAUUCAAAAGCAGGAUACGAUCAUCAACGGCCGUCAACUUGUGCAAGCUUGCAAAAUCUUGGGUACACACGUACCAUUUUGCAAGCACAAGCGCGUCUAAUUCAAACAUGCAUAAUUAAAAUCAAUCAAUCCUCAACAAGCAUGCUGGACAAGCUUGCACAGCGCAAAAACGUUUUAUCAGAAGUCUCAAGGUGGUAAAAAUAUUCUAUAACAUGGAAGCUAUAUUUUGUGUUAUAUCAAC